AUGGUAAAUCAGAGUGUGCCUCUUAUGGAUCCUCUUACGACACUAUUAGGCAGUGUACAUGAGAAACUGCCUGAAAUGGGAAGUAUGCGAAGCAUAUUAUUUCCAAAUUUUGGUAGCAUUAUCAGUACAGCAGAGCCUCAUGUUAAGAAUGAGGAGUGGGAUGAAGAGAGUCUGCAUAGGGAAGGUGAUGGUUAUUCAUUAGAGGGUGGGGAGAAGCAGUCAGUAGCAUCUGAAUUGGUGGUGGUUAGCAGUUGCCAGUUAGCAUGGAAAUGGUCUGAGAGAGAAGGUGAAGAUAGAAAGAAUGAAGGAGGUUUAAAAAAAAUAUCGGCAUCAGGAGGAGGGGCUUGGGUCUAG